GUCUCUACAUAUAUAGCUCGCCGCCGCCGGCCUGGCUCGCCAGUGCGCCAAGCUCCACGACGCCAGCUACGCCGCCGACAUGAACCCGGCCACGUUGAUGCUGAUAGCUGCUAUGUGGUGUAGCGUCUUGGGAGCGCCACCGCAAAUUAACGCCAAGGACGCUACCAUCAUCCAACAGGAGAACGACUUCAACGGCCUUAGCCCCUGGCGCUGGAGCUUCAAGAACAGCGACGGCUCGGAGCGGACCGAGGAGGGGGAGCUGACCGCGGACGGGUCGCCCGACGUGUCCGGCUCGUACACCAGGGUGUCGCCCAAGACGGGCGCCGUCUACGUCGUCACCUAUCGCGCCGACAAGCACGGCUUCCACGUCAUCAGCAGGCCGCUCGGCAAGGACCAGCCGGGAGAUGCGUACGCCAGGCUCCAUAGGCGGCAAUUCUGACGGCAACACCUGCUGCAACCAAACAAGGCGCCGUGACAGCAAAGUGGACACAGCAACGCAGCGAAUUCGUCCACACACUUCCUUCUUCUAAAUAAACCUGCAGCCCGGCAAUGCGAACUUCUUCGACAUCUCUUAUGUUCUGAUGUCACUCGAGGACUUCGACAGCUGUCAGAAAAGCAGCAUACCGUACAGAGAGCAAACAUGCGAUCUCAGUAUUAGAAUGACAAGCUUAACUGAUUGCUAGAGGUUCCUUGCGUACCGGAACAACAACCUUACAAAAUUAUUUCUCUGUUUUUCAUAUCCGUAAAGCACUCGCUCCCUCUGUCUUCAACAUCCAGCAUAUGGUACCUUGUCGAAACGAAUCAAUGAUUGAUUCGCGCCGUGCAGAAAAGUCUAAAACCAUACGAUUUUGCAGUUGUCAAUUAAUAUCUUACUCAUCAUUAGCGAAGUACUUAUCGUUCGAGAUUUAAACUUGAGCGAUGAAUUUAUAACUGAAAAUGAAGGGGUAAUGAAGCAGUAAACUGUUUUUUUUGUU